GCAUAAUUUUAUGGCAAGAGCGUCGUAGGUAUAUUAGAAUAAGCGAGAGCGCGCCAAUAUACUUUUGCGGGAUUGUGAGCUCUCGACGACGCGAAUUCGCCGCGCCACAGUUUGAAGAAAGCCACGAGCGCGCGUCGUCUUCAGUUGCGAAAGUGGUUCGUUUCAGUGCGGGUGGUUGUCGUCGUCCGAUUCGCGGUCAGUCAGUCAGUGGCUGAAGCCUGUCUGAGGUCCGGCAGUGAAGAAGGGCGCACGUGUCGCGUGGGUGUUCUGUCUGGCGUAUCAGCGACGAAUUAGUGGAUAAUUCAUUUGUUGUAAUUUACUUGGCGUUUGUCUUGAUACAGUGUGGAAAAUGGAUAAGAGUAACAUCAGACAUCUGCUGGAUUUAUCCAAGGAGGAGAAGAAAGCCUUCCUGGAUUCGUUUGAUGCAGUUAUGUCCGACUGUGAUGGAGUGGUGUGGAAUUUUACCGGACCAAUUCCUGGAGUGGGUAAAGCGUUGCAGCUACUCAAGCAGAAUGGAAAGAAACUGGCAUUUAUUUCAAAUAAUGGCAUGCGAACCAUGGACGAGUACAGGGAAAAGUUCCAAAAGCUCGGGAUAGAAUCUCAGGAACAUGAUAUCGUUCAUCCGGCUUUGACUACGGUCAAGUACUUAAAAUCGGUUGGCAUGCAAGAAGCUGUCUACUGCAUAGGGACGGAGGUGUUCAAAAACUAUCUACGUUCCGAUGGAUUUACGGUCAUCGAUGGGCCAACGGAACUCCUUCCGGACCGUGGUGCUGCCAACGCUGUACGCACCUUCGCCAGCUACUUCACCGAUACAAGCGGGCCCCGGGUGGGAGCCGUCGUCGUCGAUAUCGAUGUCAACGUUUCCCUGGCGCAUCUUAUGAAAGCCAAAUGCUACCUCGAUCGCAAUCCGGACUGUAUGCUGCUGGUUGGCGCCACGGAUUACGUCAUUCCGUUGGGCGAAAAUAUGGACGUCAUAGGGCCCGGUUAUUUCAUCGACAUUCUGGAGAAAGCCACCGGCCGGAAGGCGCUGGUGCUGGGCAAGCCGGGCCAUGCCCUGUCCGAGUUCAUACUGGAACAAUUUCACGUAACCCACCCCGAACGGACGCUGUUCAUCGGAGAUAUGCUGCCUCAGGAUAUGGGAUUUGGAGUGCGGUGCGGAUUUCAGAAAGUGCUAAUGCUAAGCGGUGGUACUUCCAAAGACAUGAUGAUCGCACACAAUAAGCCGGAAGAACUGCCUGACUAUUAUGCGGAUAGCUUUGCUGAUUUUAUACAAUUGUAUAAAGAUGUGAUUGAUUAGGAAGAAUUUUGUUUCUAUUUAUCUUAACAAAAUACAUCAGACUAGUAUAAAAAGA